UCAAUAAUCUCGGCGUCCUAUUUGCCAACACAGAUGUCAAUCAGCCGGCUAUCCGCGUCCGGGUAGGUUGAUUACGGUGUGCAGCGCGGAGCGGAGUUGCGGAGACAGCAGUGGUGUAUAAGCCGCCCGGCCAAGACGUUGCUCUCGGCAGCCUGGUUUAGUUCUCGUAGCCUCCCCUUCGUCCUCACCUCCGUCGUCUCGCGCUGUUCGGUUCGGAAUGACUCCGUCGGGAGGACGGAAGCACCGGUUUACCUGAGCAAGUGGACGCGUUCCUACGGACACUUUUUAAACCCGCCAGCACUCUGUGAGCUGGAUGUAAGACGACCGCUGCCCUUCCCGAGAAAAACAAGCGUUUUCUUCACAGAGAGUGAGGUUAUGUAGGCUGGCCCCGCUGGGUUUCCCAUCAUUUGUAGCAGCAGCUCGGGGAUUCCCUCCUCCUCCUCCUGGUCCUGGCCGUCUUGUCAGAGAUGGGACUACCUGCUCUGGAGUUCAGUGACUGCUACCUUGACAGCCCGCAGUUCAGGGAGAGACUCAAAUCUCACGAACUGGAGCUGGACAAGACCAACAAGUUCAUCAAAGAGCUGAUUAAAGACGGCAAGGCGCUGAUCCAGGCUCUGAAAAGUCUGUCCACCGCUAAGAGGAAGUUUGCAGAUUCUCUCAAUGACUUUAAAUUCCAGUGUAUUGGCGACGCUGAGACAGAUGAUGAGAUUUGCAUUGCCAAGUCUCUGCAGGAGUUUGCAGCUGUCCUACAGAACCUGGAGGAUGAGAGGAUGCGGAUGAUUGACAACGCCAAUGAUGUGUUAAUAAUGCCUCUGGAACGGUUCAGGAAAGAACAGAUCAGUGCAGCCAAGGAAGCCAAGAAAAAGUAUGACAAAGAGACAGAGAAGUAUUGUGCAGUGCUUGAAAAGCACCUGAGCCUUUCAGCAAGGAAGAAAGAGUCACAUCUACAUGAGGCGGACAGCCAGCUGAAUAACGUGCGGCAGCAUUUUUAUGAAGUUUCUCUGGAGUACGUCUUCAAGGUGCAGGAGGUCCAAGAACGGAAGAUGUUUGACUUUGUGGAGCCUCUUUUGGCAUUUCUCCAAGGCCUGUUCACCUUCUACCACCACGGUUAUGAGCUAGCCAAAGACUUCAACCACUUCAAGACUGCUCUUACUAUCAGCAUCCAGAAUACGAGGAACCGUUUUGAGAGCACGCGGUCAGAGGUGGAGAGUCUGAUGAAGAAGAUGAAGGAGAAUCCACAUGAGCACAAGAGUGUCAGUCAGCACGCAAUGGAAGGAUACCUCUAUGUACAGGAGAAGCGCCCAUUUGUGUCUUCCUGGGUGAAGUACUACUGCAUAUACCACCGUGAACCCAAGAGGGUUACCAUGGUCUUGUUUGACCCCAAAUCAGGAGGGAAAAUGGGAGAAGAGGAGAGCUUCUUCCUCAAAUCCUGCACCAGGAGGAAGACAGAUUCGAUAGAAAAGAGGUUCUGUUUCGAUGUGGAAGCUGUGGACAGGCCAGGAGUAAUCACCAUACAGGCGCUGUCAGAGGAAGACCGCAGAUUGUGGAUGGAGGCCAUGGAUGGGAGAGAACCGGUCUACAAUAUGAGCAAAGACAACCAAGCUGAAAGCAUGGUCCAGCUGGAUGUGACUGGGUUCAAUGUGAUCAAAAAAUUCAUCUAUGCUGUGGAGACCCGAGGUAUUGAUGAGCAAGGCUUGUACAGAAUCGUUGGCGUCAACUCCAGAGUACAAAAACUACUGAGCCUUGCUAUGGAUCCUAAGACGUGUGCUGAUGUGGAGCUGGAGAACCCAGAGUGGGAGAUUAAGACGAUCACAAGUGCAAUCAAGCACUAUCUCAGGAUGCUGCCUGCACCUCUCAUGACAUACCAGUACCAGAGGAGCUUCAUCAAAGCUGCCAAGCUGGAUAACCCGGAGGCCAGGGUGAAAGAGAUCCACACUCUGGUGCACCGGCUACCUGAGAAGAACAGACAGAUGUUGGAACUGCUAAUGAAACAUCUUGCCCAUGUGGCCAGUCACCACCACCAGAACCUGAUGACGGUAGCCAAUCUUGGUGUGGUUUUUGGUCCAACUUUGCUCCGCCCACAGGAGGAGACAGUGGCAGCCAUCAUGGAUAUCAAGUUCCAGAACAUUGUAGUAGAGAUCCUGAUAGACAACCAUGAAAGGCUGUUCAGGGAUGUGCCAACUUCAGCGGCCAGUUCCACCAAUUCACAGCUCAAUCUGUCCAGGAGGAGAAGCAAUGAAAGCAAAGUUCCAUCAUGCAGCGAAAGGCCUCUCACGCUCUUCCACACACCGACGCAUUCACAGAAAGGUGAGAAGAGGAACAGUGUUAUGAACAUGACAGUCGCUGAACUGCAGCAGUCAGGCUCAUCCACUGCCAACUGUAGCAGCAGCAGCAGCACCAGCAGCAGCCAUAGUCGAACACCGAGACACAGUCUGACAAGCAAUGACGGGGACCAAGACACAAGACCCAUCACCAGGCCCAGCUCGCUGCUGAACCCAAAGAGUCGUGGCAGCAUACCGACCAGCACUACAUCUCCUAGCCCCACCUCUCCUCGUUCUCCCUCAUGGCCGAUGUUCUCAGCCCCGUCCAGUCCGCAGCCGAUCUCUUCUGCCUCGAGCGACUCCUCCUCUGUCAGUAUUGCUGGGAGAAAGGCUCGAGCCCUUUAUGCCUGCAAAGCAGAGCAUGAGUCUGAGUUGUCCUUCAUCGCUGGGACCAUCUUUGAAAAUGUUCACACCUCCAGGGAGCCUGGCUGGUUGGAAGGGACCCUGGGAGGACGAACAGGACUAAUACCAGAAAACUAUGUGGAAUUUGUGUAGAGUCCCAAGUUCUUCAAUAAAGACGUCCAGUCUUUUCCAUACUGUCAAACUGGCGCGGACUACAGUCAUAUACGGACUGCUGGUGCUCAUGGGAAACAGCUUUUCUCAUCCAGACUGGGAAUUACGACUGGACCCAGCGGGACUGUGUCAGAAGAGAGAUGUGGCAUAAAAAAGAGCAGACUGGCCUGGGGCGUGACCCCUGAACUACACUGGAAAAACCCCACACAUUCUGCUUUGGUUCUGUUCUUAUUAGAUUAACGUGGAUUGCUUCUUGCGUCUUGGCAAAGAUGACGUCAUGAAGCAGGAAUGUGUGUGUGGGAAGGUGCAGACCAAAAAUCACUUUGUGUAAAUGAGAUGAUUAGUUCUGAGCUUUGCAGAUUUUUCAAUUUUGUUUUUUAUUAUUAUUAUUAUUAUUAUUGUUUAACUGCCACUGUUUGACCGCCUCGUCUUCAUCGGGUCAAGAUAAAAAUACCUUCCUGUGCAGAUGAAGUUGAUGAUCGGUGCCGUUUGUCAUCAGGGGAGUUUGUAAGCGUGUCUUACCGUGUGCUUGCUGUGACUCGUCCUGACCAGUGUUUCAGAGCCACAGUGCCGCGAGCAGCUUUGAAAUCAGUUCGCCAAAAGGUCAGCGGCGGCUUUCUCCUUAUUUGUAAUCCUUCUCCCCGCAGAGCCAACAAAAAAAUGUAAAACAUCUCAAACAAACUUCACAAGCAGCUCAGCAGUUUUGAGCAUCGAGGAGGAGUAACAAGUGAUUUCUGCUGCCCCUGGCACCACGCGCUCGUGCUGAUGAGCGGGGUGAGAAUAAGUCAGCAUGGAGCCCCGUUUAUCUCUUAUUACAGUCUGUGAUUUAUCCUUAACCUCCCGCUCACGUUUCACAUCACAAAACAUUGAUAUUCUAAAUCAGGGCUGCGUUUCAGCCUCGCUCUUCUUUGUGUUUGUUCCUUGCCUGCCUGUCAAAUCUCAUCAGUCUUGAUAAUUUAAUGAAAUGAGUUUGUUGCAUUUCUGCAGACAGAGCAGAGCUUAAAUACGACCCACAGUCCUCUGUGUCGUGUGGGUCAGCACUCGACGUGUGUCAUUUUCACAUCCAAAGUGAGCAGAUCCAGUUUGCAGCCAAAGCCGUCAUUCCUGCUCGAUGCACAUGAAAUGCAGCUGGAAUCUCUCACCUCCAGAGGGAAAAAAAAGCACAUUGUUUUUUAUAUUUUUUCCAGUAUGUGACAGCUGGUCUGCGUUGACACUCCACUGAAUGUCCUGAUUUACUGAGACAGAUGCUGAAUUUCUCUUAGAACCACUCACUAAAGAUUUGUAUCAGCUUUUCUGGAUCUUUACUCCUUUCAUGGCAGGAUGUUGAGAAACCAUUUCAGCAUUUUGACAGGUGAAUCAAAUGGGAGCAUUCAAAAAAGAAAAGUGAAAUGAGACUACUUCUUUUAAUUUAUGAGAUCUUCUAAAAGACCAUGAGAAAAUGUAUUCUUUUUGCAGUGUAACAUUGACGCUGUAAAUACACAUUUGAUGAGGUAUAAUUUUUUAAGUAUAAAAUGUUAUAUUUUGUAUUUUUAGUAUACUAACUUAAUUCCUGAAUUCUAUCUCUGUUGCCCAGAUUUUUGUAUGAUUUAAAUCUACAGCCUAUUCUUUCUUUGAAUUGAAACAUUUGUGCAGAAUUAAAGACCACUGAAAAGCUGCA